AUGUCUGCGACCAUCCUGUCCGCUUUCUACGACAUCGACAUGCUGUACAAGCAGGAGAAGAGCCUCAACAUGAACGCCAUUCACAUUAACAGCAUGCUGGAUAAGAAAGCAGUCGGGGCCCCGGUAACAACCUCCAGCAGCAGCACCAACAACUGCAACUCGUACGCGUCAGGAUUCUUCCGUCGAAACUCCACCAGCAACAUGGAGUCCAUGACAAACGGCAACAAGUACCCCGCCAGCUCCUACAGCAGCAGCAUGAAGGAGAAUGCCAUCAUGAACAAGGAGAACAAGUUCCGCGACCGCGCCUACAGCGAGAGCGCCCAGCAGCUGCAGCAGAAGCCGGGCUCGCAGAUCAACUCCACCCGCUACAAGACGGAGCUCUGCAGGCCCUUCGAGGAAAACGGCGCUUGCAAGUACGGCGAGAAGUGCCAGUUUGCGCACGGCUACCACGAGCUGAGAAGCCUGUCUCGCCACCCCAAGUACAAAACCGAGCCCUGUCGCACUUUCCACACCAUCGGCUUCUGCCCAUACGGUCCGCGGUGCCACUUCAUCCACAACGCCGACGAGCGCAGACCGGCGCCGAGCAACGCCAACAGCGUGCAGGGAGAGUCCGCCAAGCCCGCUCGAUGCGAGCCGGUGAGCGGCUACGGACAGCAACAGCAGCAGCAGCACCAGCACCGACCGAAACUCCACCACAGCCUCAGCUUCUCGGGUUUCUCCAGCCACCACCACCACCACGGACUCGACUCGCCCCUCCUCGAGAGCCCCACGUCGCGCACUCCGCCUCCCUCCAGCGGCUCCUCCUGCGCCGCGAGCUUCUACGAAGACGCUAGGUGCCUCGGAAACAGUGCCUUCUCUUUCACCGGCCAAGACCUCAAAGCCCUGCUCGCGCCGCUGGCCGUGCACACGCACAACGGUUAUUACGCAAACCUUCAGGUCAACAUGGGCGACGGCCUCGGCCACUUGCAGUCCCUCCAGCGCCUGUCAGAGUCGCCGGUGUUCGACUCGCCCCCCAGCCCGCCUGACAGCAUCUCUGACCGGGAGAGCUACGCCAGCGGCUCCCUCAGCUCCUCCGGAAGUCUCAGCGGCUCCGAGUCUCCCAGUCUGGACGGCGGAAGGCGUUUGCCAAUCUUCAGCAGGCUGUCGAUUUCCGAUGAUUAA